AUGUACAGUGCUAGUAGAGUUUGUGGAAUGUCAGAACCACGAAGGCAGCUCGAGAACUGCGCAAGUGUGUCGUUGGCUCAUUUUGUAAGCCUUUCCAGAUGUGGCGCGAGCUUGAGCUUGGCAGCUGUCCAGGAGGCCGCCUGCAGUCGGCGCUCUCCCGGCCGCAGUGUGAGCCGCAAUGCCGGGCUCCUGAAGGCGCAGGGCUCGCUGGUGGCUCGUCCCCGGGCCGACGCGCACGCAGCCGGGCCGCCUGGCACGGUCACAGCCCGCAGCCAGGGAAGGACAUCUGCAGCAAGAGAGAAGAAUGAUCGCGGCACCAGGGCUGCGCUGAAUUCCUUUGCGGAGAUGGGCGACCCUGAGGCCCACGUGAUGGCGCGGCCCCUGAGAGCCCCUCUCCGGCGGUCCUUUAGUGAUCACAUCCGAGACUCCACGGCCAGAGCCCUGGAUGUUAUUUGGAAAAACACCAGAGACAGAAGACUGGCAGAAAAGCAAGGUCCUUUUGAGUGUCAGGAAACCAGUGGUGAUGAAUUGCAGCAGAAGCACCGAGAUCCGUUGGGCUGGUGGCGGUCAGCUGUGGAGUUGGUCUGUCUGAAGUGA